AGCCUUCCACGUCCCCUCCCCGUCCUUUCCGGCGCGCGGCGAGCGCCGACGGAGUGGCGGCCGCGAUCAGGCAUCGCCGCGAACCCCUAAGCGGCGGGGCCCGGCGGGGUCCUGGCGGCGUUGCCCGUGCGGGGGCGCCUGGGAGACCCCGCGCCGGGCGCCGCUGAGGCCUCACGUUGACAUGGAUGAUGAAGACGGCCGGUGCCUGUUAGAUGUCAUCUGCGAUCCGCAGGCCCUGAACGAUUUCCUCCAUGGAUCCGAGAAGGUGAGCGCCCCCAAAACCCCAAAAUCCCAUUUUUUCCCGUUACCUCAGCUCCACGGGCAGGAGACCUCGGGGAACCCUCUGAGCGCCGAGCCCAGCCAACCGGCGGCCAGCGUGGACCUGGACUUCCUGGAGGAUGACAUCCUGGGCUCGCCGGCCGGCGCCGGCGCCGAGCAGCCGUGCGACAUCCUCCAGCAGAGCCUGCAGGAGGCCAACAUCACCGAGCAGACCCUGGAGGCCGAGGCCGAGCUGGACCUGGGCUCCUUCCAGCUGCCGGCGCUGCAGCCGGUGGUGCAGGCGGCCGACGGCACGCCGCAGAUCUUCUCGGGCGGCGCCGACCUGCUGGGGCUGCAACCUCCGGCCGUGCUGGCGCCGCAGGCUUUGGUGCAGCCGCCCGACGUGGUCAACAAGGCCAUCAGCGUGCAGCCCUUCCUGCAGCAGGUGGGGCUGGGCAACGUCACCAUCCAACCGCUGCCCAACCUGCCCGGCUUGCCCAACGGCAGCCCCGGCGGCGCGCUGGGGCUGGGCCCCAUCCAGGUGGUCGGCCAGCAGGUGAUGGCCAUCAACCAACCCGCCGCGCCGCAGCUGCUGGCCAAACCGGCGCCGGUGGCGGCCGUGGGCGGUUACAUCGCCCAGCCCGAGGCGGCCGCGGCGCAGGGAGCCGGCUUGGUGAUCCAGAAGAGCCUCCCCGCCGUGGCCACCACCACGCUGAACGGCAGCUCGGUGUUCGGCGGCGUCUCGGCGGCGUCGGCGCAGCCGCUCACCGUCACCUCGGGGCUGGGCGGCUCCUUGGUGCCGGCGCCCAACGUCAUCAUCCACCGCACGCCCACGCCCAUCCAGCCCAAACCCGCCGGCGUGCUGCAGCAGAAGCUCUACCAGAUCACGCCCAAGCCCUUCGCCGCCGGCGGCGCCCUGGCGCUGCCCGGCGAGGCGCCGGCCAAGGCGCAGCAGAACCUCACCUUCAUGGCCGGCAAAGCCGCGCCCAACGUGGUGCUGCAAGGCUUCCCCCCCAACGUCUUCAAGCCGCCGCCGCCGCAGCCGCCGGCGCUGGGCAAAUCCAUGAGCGUGCACGUGCUCAACCAGGGCGGCUCCAUCGUCAUCCCGGCGCAGCCCUUCCAAGGACAGAACCAGUUCCUGCUGCCGGGCCAGCUGGCCGGCGCCUCGGCCGUGCCGCUGCCGCAGCCGCUCUCGGCGCUGCCGGCCAACGUCGGCGGCCAGCUCUUACCGGGCGCCGGCCAGGCGCACAUCAUCGCCGGCCAGAGCGCCGGCGCGCAGCUCCUGGCCAACCCCGCCUUGCCGGCGCAGCUCCUCAACCAAAGCCUGGCGGGGCAGCUCAACCUGGGCCCGGUGUUGGCGUCGCCGGGCGCGGCGGGCACGGCGCACAUCCUGUCGGCGGCGCCCAUCCAGCUGCAGCCGGGCCAGCCGGCGCCGGCGCUCUUCCAGAUGCCGGUGUCGCUUGCCGGGACCUUGCCCAGCCCCGGCUCGGCGGCGGCGCCGGCGCCCACGGUGAUCCAGGGCGUCACCUUGGCCAGCCCGGUGGCCAUGCUCAACGCCGGCGAGGGUUUGGGCGCCGCCGCCGCCCCCCAAAAUUCCCCAAAUUCCCCCCAAAGUGGCCGACAUUCCCAGCCCUCCCAGCCCAACCAGUCCAACCAGUUCCCGCUGCCGCUGGGGGGGCUCAAGGCCGCGACCCCCGCGCUGCUGCCCCCGGAGCAUCCCCGGAGCUUCGCGCUGAUCCCGGGGCCCUUCCCGGCCCCGCCCAAGGGCGGCGCCGAGCGCUUCCAGCAGGCGAAGCCGGCCGGGCUCAAGGGCCCCCCCCAACCCUCGGGGGGUGGGAAGGGUCCCCAGGCCCCGCCCACGCUGGAGGCGAAGCUGAAGAAGGCGCCGGUGCUGCAGCCCAGUAAGGAGGCCUGCCUCCUGGAGCAGCUGCACAAGCACCAGGGCGCCGUGCUGCACCCCGAGCUGCGCAGCCCCUUCCGCUCGCUGGGGGACGCGCUGCGCCGCCUGCUGCCCUACCACGUCUACCAGGGGGUGCUGCCCGGCGAGCCCGAGUGCCAGCGCGGUGAGGGCAUGUCGCGAUAUCCCGGGGACCCCCCUGAGCCCCCCGUGCCCCCGCAGCGCGCCAGCCCCUCGGCCGAGAUGGUGAUGAUCGACCGCAUCUUCAUCCAGGAGGAGAAAACGGCGCUGGCGCUGGACCGGCAGCUGGCCCGGGACCGGCCCGGGCUGGGAAACCCGGGAAUGGGGCUGGGAACGGGGCGGGAAUCCCGGGAAUGGGGCGGGAAUCCCGGGAACGGGGUUGGGAUCCCGGGAACGGGGCUGGCGCUCGACCGGCAGCUGGCCCGGGACCGGCCCGGUGGGAACCCGGGAUCGGGGCUGGGAAUGGGGCUGGGAAACCUGGGAAUGGGGCUGGGAUCCCGGGAAUGGGGCGGGAACCCCGGGAACGGGGCCGCCCCUCCCCCCGCGCCCCCCAAACUGCUGAUCAAGCACGGGGGGGGCUCCCCCAGCGUCACCUGGCUGGGGGAAGCCCGGGAUUCCCCCCGGGACCCCUCGCAAAGGGGGGACCCCCAGAGAGGGGAGGAGGAGGCGCUGCCCUCGCGGAGCCGCCCCCCGAUGAUGAAGACGUACGAGGCGCGGAGCCGCAUCGGCCUCAAGCUGAAGAUCAAGCAGGAGGCCGGGCUGAGCAAGGUGAUCCACAACACGGCGCUGGAUCCGCCCGGGAUCCCGGGCACCGGGACCCACCCGGGCCCGGCGCAGCUCAACGGAUCCCUGGAGAAGAAAACGCCGCUCCCGGCUCACCCCGGCGCCGCCGCCGCCGCCGCCGCCGCUCCCUGCUUGGGGCCGCUGAGGAAAACCUACCGGGAGAUCAACCGGGAGAUCAGCCGGGAGACGAACCGGGAGACGAACCGGGAGACGCACCGGGAGCUCCCCGAGCACCACCGGGAGCCGCCGCGCUCGGAGCGCCGCCCGGUGAUCACGGCGCUGCGCCGGGAUCCGGGAUCCGCCGGCCGCGGCCGGCCCGGGAAAGGCCCCCCGGAGGAGCCGUCGGACGGGGAGGAUGAGGAGGAGGAGGACGAGGAGGACGAGGAGGAGGAGGAGGAGGAGGAGGAGGAGGAAGGCUGCGGGACGUGGGGCGGGAAGCGGCGGCGGGCGGAGGCCGAGGUGGACAAGGCGUCGUUCAGCAGCGACAGCCCCCAGGACGAUUCGCUGAGCGAGCACCUGCAGAGCGCCAUCGACAGCAUCCUCAACCUGCAGCAGCCCCGGGGGGCGCCGGCAGCCGCCCCGGCACCGCCGGCACCGGCACCGGCACCGGCACCGGCACCGGGAGCCGCCGCCCCGCCCUUCCCGGGACCCCCCCGGCGCGGCCCCGAGCCCCUCGUGCCCCCCCCCAGCCACAACGGCGGCCUCGGCGCCGCGCGGACGUGCACCAGAUGACGGCGGGGGGACGGCGGACACCGGGAUCGGGACACCGGGAACGGGAUCUGACCGGGAUCGGGAUACCGGGAUCGGGACACCGGGAACGGGAUCUGACCGGGAACGGGACACCAGGAACGGGACACCGGGAACGGGAUCUGACCGGGAUCAGGAUACCGGGAACGGGAUACCGGGAACGGGAUCUGACCAGGAACGGGAUACCGGGAACAGGAUCUGACCGGGAUCAGGAUACCAGGAACGGGACACCGGGAUCGGGACACCGGGAACGGGAUCUGACCGGGAACGGGAUACCUGGAACGGGAUACCGGGAACGGGACACCGGGAACGGGAUCUGACCGGGAUCAGGAUACCGGGAUCGGGAGCUGACCGGGAACGGGAUACCGGGAGCUGACCAGGAAUGGGAUACCGGGAUCUGACCGGGAACGGGACACCGGGAACGGAAUGGAAUAGGACACCGGGAUGGGAUCGGGACAC